UAGAACGUCAUAACGAUAACGAACAGCGUGCAGUUUGUUGUGGCGUGAUUCUGUUUACAUCACGUAAAUGUUGAUAUAAUCAAGUUAUUUGUCGUUAAAUUUUCGAUUCGAGCACCUAAAUAAUUUUACAAAGAUGAGCUCAAUAUUACAAACUUUAAGAAAACCUUUUGAGUAUGCUUAUAGUCUUUAUCCUUCUAAAACGCAUCAAGGUGUUUCGCCAUCUCUAAGUGCUGAGAAGACCAGCGUUUUAAGUUCUAUUUUGAGUCCUAUUGAGACGUAUGUUGUGUCGUUGCAAAGUCUUCUCAUUUGGGAAAAACCUUACCUAAGCGCUGGCGCAUUUGUUACUCUUAAUAUUUUAUAUUGGCUUAUUGUAUCUUGGAAUCGGAGAUUUCUUUCUAUAUUAUCAAUAUUUGCUUUAGCAUUAUUUUUGUAUAAGACUUGGGUCAAUCAAAUAUGGCCUGAAAUUAGAGUGCCUCCUAAAGAAGGUGAAGAUACAGAAAGUUGGUGUACAUUGAAUCCGGGUGUUUUGAGUGUUCCUGAGUUGUGUAAAUAUUUAAACGAUUUCCUGGACAAAAUGAUUAUACUGUGGAAAGAUGUUUGGAAAUUGAGGAAAGAAAACCAUGGAUUAUUUUGUGCACUCAUGUGUGGAUUUUUUUCAUUGACUGGCUUGUUUGGCAUAGUUUUCCCUGGAGUGCUUAUUAUUUAUUUCUUUGUGUUGUUAUUAACCCUGGGACCUGGAGUAGCUUUACAUCUAAUUCCUUCAACUGUUUAUGAUCAGAUAAUUGGCUACUUUUCUGAAACCGACAGUCAAGUUUCAAAAUCCCCAUGCAUUUCGGACAAAGACAGUGAUAUAGAGGAAUUUGUACCUGAAAUAUCACCAGAGGUUAUUAGGCAGCUUUCUUUAAAGGAUGAUGUGCCUGAAAUUCCUAGUCCAGGGGUUGUUUUAACAGAAAGCUCGGCCAUUUCUGGAGAUGCAAGUUUUAUAACUGAAAGUGAUGACUUUUCCCUCUAUCAAGGUCUUGGGGCAUUCCCAAGUGUCGAAGAAGAAGGAGAAAGCGACAUUGAUGAAGAUAUUUCGGACAUCGUGCCUCAAGUAGAAUCAGAAAAAAUUGAAAUUCAUUUUAACCCCUCACACUUUAAAGACAGUUCUGAAUCGGAAAGCGAAGCCGCCUUCACGGAAGGCCUCUCUUUCAGCGAUGCACAAGAACAAAAGCCAUCGAGUGAUCAACUGUGCACAAAAGACACCACUGCACAAGAAAAGUCUUCUAAAAGAAAAGAAACUCGCAAGUUAUCUUCCGAUUUAGAAGACGAACUAGAAGAUUUUGAAUUGCUUGAUGACUCUGAUAUCCCUAGUUUAAAGUGAUGACAUCUGUUGCUAAUAAAAAUUCUUCAGAUUUUUUUUUAAAACUGGGGAUCUCGACUACUUUAGUUGCUAUCUUGUUUUAGUUAGUGUUUAAGAGAGAUUUUUUUUUGUGUGUUGUGGUUGUGUGCACAUUUUCACCAAAGUUUAAAUCUAUCAUAUAGUUAUAUAUUUAAGUAACAUUACAAGUUAUAGUAUUGUAAUUUAUAAAAAGCUCCCAUUUUUCAUUCAUCGUUUAACAUUUUUUUAGGAAAAGGAUUGAAUUUUGUUUUUUUACAUAUUUUUUAUGAUGAAUUGUAAAAGUUAUUAAUUAAAGUAAUUUUUAUAAUGUUAUAUCUAUAUUUAAAUUUUAUUCAUUUCAAUUGCUAGAGAAGUUUUAUAAGAAUUCCUAAAAUUUUAUAUUUAUUUUAUAAUCCACUUCUUUGUGGACAUCUAUUUAAACUAGAGGUGUCAAGGGUCACUAUGAAUUUAUAGCUUUUGUAUCAAUUGAUAAAAUCUUAAUUUUUUAUUGAUUUAUUAAAAGCAAUAAAUCUUAAAAAUUUGACGAAGUCUAUGUAUUAUCUACAAUAAAUUAACAUUCAAAAUUUUAUCUUUAAUAAAAAAAAGUUAUAGGCAUAAAAUACAUGUUAUUUAUUGUAUAACAAUUUUAAAUUUAAGCAAGACAACUUUUUUUUUAAACAUAUUAUGGCCAAAGAUUUUUUUUUUUUUUAAAAAAAGGAAUUGUAGAAAAUUUUAAAUAUUUGAUCACCUUGAAUUUUGCUGCUUCCAUUUAGCUUGUGGGCCUCACAGGAUAUUCAACCCUUAUUUCAUCUAAAUAACGAAUGGACAUUUCAGCUGGUUUAUUUAUGCUUCUUUGAUAUUUUAAAGUUUCAUAGCAGUUUAAACAAUGCUAUGGAUUGUUAACUAAAAAUUUUAUUUAUAACUAUUAUGGUUGCAAAUUUAAAAUUAAAACUUCUAGAAAUUGUAUUAAGUCAUUUUUUACUUUUAAAUUCUUGACUGUCAAUGAAAUAUUUAAUUAAUUGUCAUUAAAAAAAAUUUUUAUGUGAAAUUUCACUACAUAUUUGGUGAAGAUUAUCUAUAUUUGUUUACUUGCAGAUAUAAUAUAUAGGUCAGUUUUUAGCAUAAAGUGUAAUAACAGUUGAGAAGCAUGUAACUGUUAACAGUAUAAGUAUGUUUAUUAACAAGUUUGUUAUGAUGACUUGCUUUAUAAACUUUUGCAUUUUGUUACUGCAAUUGCAAUUUGAUCUCAGCAAAGCUUAGAAUAUAUUUUUGACAUAUUUUAUGUGAGACAUGAAAUAUUUUUAUUUGGAUAUUUUAUAAUAUCAGUUGCAAUAUCGUGUGAAAAUUUAUAUUGCUCAAAAAAAUUGGUAUUGGUUUUAAUAUAUGAUUUAUAUUUUUGUAAGUUUUUUUAUAAAGGAUUUUAAUUUAAACAAUGAAAAAAUUUAUUUUUUUAAUAAAAUGUAGUGCAAUUUGAUUAAGAUAAGAAUUUUCAAAUGCCCUGCACCUUAAAAGUAUUUAGGAAAAAGAAAAAUUUUAUGAAAUAUUUGAGAAAUUAUCAUAAUAUUCUGACAGCUUAAAUAAAUUAUUAUGGCUAAAUUAGCCUGGUAUUACAAUUGGUUAAAUAGUAUGUUUAUUACUUAUUUUUUUGUUUUGACAAUUUGUUUGAUUGUGAUUGCAAAGAAGAUAUCUUUACUUUAUGUAAAGUCUUUACUAAAUAUGAACAAUACCUUAUAUUUAACUUUCACUUUAUGAGCAGUCUUUGUCAUUAGAUUGUUAUUUUUAGUAAUAAUAACUACUAGUUCUAGACAUUUUUUACUGCAUUCUAUGCCUUAAAUAGAUAUAUUUCACUUAUCAUUUAACUCCUUUCACUGAUCAUAUGGCAUUGAAUUAAUAUACUUGUGAUAUCAUGUUUAUAGUAUUUAAACUGUAUAUUCUAUAGAACAUCAUCUAUUUGAAGUGAUUUUGUGGUUCAGAUAUCACAUUAAAGGCCCUGAUUCUUAUUUAUUCAAUUUGUUUUUGUGGUCAGAAUUGGAUGCAAUUUAAAUAUUGCCAGCUUAUUAGCGAAUUGUUAGCAAGGUUUUGUUUGAGUUGCAUCCAUAAAUUUAUAUACAUGAAGGUUCUCGGUGUUGGAAGUGUUAUAAUUAUUUCAAACUAUUAUCCCUUUUGCUCUAAGUCCCCCAGUGGGCUGAUCGUAAAGACACGGUUCGCAGUAGAACACCGAAGUCAAGCUUGCGGUCAGUAAGUGGGUAGGUGACCACUUUAACCAGCCUGCAUAGAGACUGAGGGUGCGCAGUAUCGGUCCCCGUGAAACUGUUCUACCCUAAAGUACUCAAAGCGGGAAUAGCAUCCCCUUUGCAGAGGAUUAAAAUUGUGAAACAUAUCUUCAGAUCAUCCUCAGUGAUGUUUCCCAGACAGUUGCCAAUAGCCCAUUGCGGGAAUAGCAUACCCUUUGCAGAGGAUUAAAAUUGUGAAACAUGUCUUCAGAUCAUCCUCAGAGAUGUUUCCCAGACAGUCGCCAAUAGCCCAUUGCGCAGCUCUAAUGGGACAUAAAUAAAGUAUCUACCUACCCUUUUGCCCUUUUCCAAGAACGUUGGAAGUUUUUAAAAAAAAAAAAAUUUGUUUCUAAAGAUAGGUUUUGAUGACCUAAAAAUAACCUUAAGAAUAGCAAAAUAAUGACUUUAAAAUCGAAAAAAAUUCUUGUGUAACUAAGAAAGUAUUUUGUAUGAAACAGUAUUUCUUACCAGAAUUUACACUUAAUUGUAUUAAAAUAUGCAUGCUAAAACUGAGUCAAAAUAAAUAUUAAAAGAGGAAAGCAAGGUUUUAGAAUUAAGCUAUAAGAAGCAAAAGUACAAAAAAUUGCUCAAUGCAAAAAAAAAAAAAAAAAANCUAAAAAAAAAAGGAAAAAAAAGGAACACAUAAAAUAGUCCACAAUAUAAAAAAAUUCCCUGAAAUGGAAACAAAUCUCAAAGGCUUCUAUAAAAUAGUAAAAAAUGUGAAUGUCAUCAAAAUCUGGACCUUAGUAAAUAUGUAGAAAGAGUUAAAAGAAGAAAUGUUUUUAGUUACGUAUUGAAAACCCCAACAAUCUGGGUUUAGUUGUGAUUUACCGUGUGGUGUGAAGUCUUAAAAAAGUGGUUUUCUAAAGGGAGGGAAAAAAAUAUAUCUUAUAUAAGUUUUAUCUCGUUUGAAAUUUACUAAACGUCUUCCUUUAAUUUUUAAGUUUUUUUUCUUCAGAAAUAUGGUCUUCAUAUUGAAUUAUUGUUUUUAAUUUUUAUAUGGCUUGGAAUUCUGUGUUUUAUUAAAAGCAUGUUUUGUAACAAUUGUGUUAAAGAGAGGACUUGUUUUUUAUGCUUUAUUUGAUAUAAAUUAUUUUUUGUCCUGCUUUCAAAACGUAAUUAUUACCUAAUUUAGUUAUAGGUAAAGGAAAGUUUGUUAAAAUAAAUCUUUGAAAUAUUUUAGUACUACUGUGGAUAGAAUUAUAAGGUCUAUAAGCAUAUUUUAGUACUCCAUUUAUUUAAUUUUGAUUACAGAAUUUAGAAGCCAAAAUGUAACUGUUUUUUGUUUAUUUUAAAUUUCUGUCUGAGAAUUCUUAACAAUUUUUACAGUGCCUAAAAUAAAAAUCUCAAUAUUUUUUUAUUUACUGAUUAGAUUUUCUUAUACUACAAUGUGUCUUUAAUGAUACAAGUGUCUAUACUCAAGUAUAUUAGUACUUGAGUAUAUUAGUUUUUUAAAAAAAAAAAUUUUAGGAAAAAACUUUAACUUUACGAAUAUAGGUCUAAAUUAACAGAAACCUCAAAUACUUUCAAUUUCUCUUAUAUUAUUUAUUACUUGGAAAAGCGGUUAUCAUCUCCAAAAUGUUCAGGUUAUUUUGCACUAGUUCAAAAUUUCAGGGGGAUUGGAUUUGGUUGUCAAAAGUUUCAUUAGAGUUAAAGUUAAUUUUAUAUGCCUUUAUAAUUUAAAUUUUUGACCAAUAAUAUUUAAAAAUAAUCUGAUUAAUAUAAUUUCAUUAUUGUGAUUACAAUUAUUUCAGGUUUAGAAUUAUUGUAACUAAUAGAUUUUAAGUUUUUAGACGAAAAUUUUUGUUGUUGUUAAAAUUAACAUAUUCACAUACAUUAUUUGUUUACAUACAUUAAUUAACAUAUAUUAUUGAUUCGAUGAUUUUAACUGUAAAUUUUAAUAAUUGAAAUGUUAUCUACAAUACAUAUUUGAAGAGGACUGGAAAAUAGUUCUUCAUUUUUAAAAAUGAAUCCUGCAGUAUUUACCAUGUUUUGAGAAAUGCUUUAAAUUAAUGGUAUCAAUAUUUUUUUUUAAUAGUUUAGAAUAUUUAAUUUUUGGAAAAGUGGCCACAUUUUUUUUAAAAAAAGAUAUUACUACUGGUCACUGACUGUACUACACCCCAUAUUUUAAUCUAAAUUUUAGUUAGAUUUAAAUCUAAAUCUAUUGAGAAAGAUAUGUUUAUUCUGAGAAAAUAGAUUAUUUUGCCUGGUUUUGAAAUUUUAAGUAUCAUAUACAUUAAUUAGCAUAUUUAAGGUUGGACUCUUAAAUCAUUAAAAUUGCAUCUUAGUGCAUGACAAUACGAUCAGUAAAUAAGUUGAGUUUUUUUGUGCACUGUAUUUUCAUAUUUAACAAUGGUGGCUGCUUGUUUAUUAUAUAAAUACGCAUCUAUGCUACAUAAUUUUAACCUUACUAAUUUGUUAAUCAUAAAUUAUAAUGUGACUUUUGAUAGUUUUGUAAGCUAUUGUUGAUUUUGUUUUAUUUUGAAAUUCUUUAAUUUAUUUUCUUGUUUACAUAUGAAAGAAAAGAAUAUAACAAUCUAGUCAUUUCCAAUCUUUAUAUAUGAAUUUUUUGUGUGAUGACACAGAAAAAGAAUUUUGUUUUGCUACAACAAGUGUUAUUCGUCAAUCAAGUUGGAUUUUUUUUUUGUAGGUAAUAGAUAUAAAUGAUUAAAAGUGUUUGUCUAAAUAAAAGUAAAUUUAAAGAAUAUUGCUCAGUGUGUGAUAACAAUUAUAGUUGUAGAAGUCAGUUAAAAUAUUUAAAAGCCAAAUUUUCAUAGGAUUCCUUAUUUGUGUUCUAAUCCUGCAAAUAUAUUGUCAUCUUAAAAGAUAUUUACCGAAUCAUUUGGAAUUUUUUACUAAAAAAACUUAAAACAAAAAUUGAUUAAAAUAAGAGUUUUAUUCUAAUAACUUUUCAAAUUCAAAAGAAUCUUUCAUCUAAUAAAUAAUCUUUUUAACUACACAAGUUGGAGUUUCCAAUUGAGGAUAAAAGUGUCUUAACUUAAUGCAACCAUUUUCAGACAGUGGUUUACUUCGUCAAGAUAAAAUUGGCGGCAUAUUCUAGAUAAAAGUGAUAGUUCUUGAUAAUUUAUAACUUAACAAUUAAUUCAAAAUAGACAUAAUCUUUUUAAUAUAAAAAAAGUUCAGCACGAUGUCGAUUGGCGAUUGACACUUUGAAGGUGGCCACAAAACAGGGAAUUUUAUUAAUCUAUAAAAAAUCGGGGAAAUAUGAGGAAAUUUUAUCACUGUAGGGGAAAAAAGGGAAUUUUAUCAUUCUGAAAAAAAAAACAGGUAAUUUCAUCAAUGUGGGAAAAAUCAGGGAAUUUUAUUUAUGUAGAAAAAUCAGUAAAUUUUAACAAUCUGGAAAAAUCAGGGAAAUGUCAGAAAUUUAAAUACCUUAAAAGUCAGGAAGAAUGAAUUAAUUUAAGUUUGAUACUCUUAAAAAUCCAAUUUUUCCUCCAAAGAAAAUGGUCUCGCAAUAAUUUUUUUAAGCUAUUUAAUUUUAGUUCUAAUAAUUCAUAAAUAUUCUGUAAUAUGUUUUCUGUAUAAAAAAAGUCACUGCUGAGAAAUUAAUAAUGAAAUUAAAUUUAUUGAUUGAAAAAUGAAGGAAAUUUGAAAAGGAAAUCUGCCUGAAAAAGUCAAAGAAUUUUUUUCUUCCCGAGUGUUUGUGGCUAUCCUGUUCCUUUUAUAAUAUGCAGCAUACUUUUAAUAAAAAAAGUGCAAAAUAUGUUGUAUAAAUUGUUUUGACUGUACGUUUUGUUACUGAUUUAAAUGCAUUGAUUUUUUUUUUACUUGUUGCCGUGCCAUCUUAAGUCUUUCUCCUGAUGUGAUCUUUGUUUUUUUUUUUUCUAUAAAAAAAAGGAAAAUUUAAAGUUUAUAUGAUUGUUAUAUUUGUACAUGAAUGUGUUUUUGAAUUGUUUUUAUAUUUCUGUUCUUGAACAAAUAUAAUCUGGGCCAUUGUUUUAUAUUCACUAUAAAUAAACCAUAUCUCACUUA